AUGCGUGCAUCAACCUCCACCACCUCCCUUACCUCCCUCGCCAUCCUCCUCUCCACCCUCACCCUCACCGUCCCCGUGGUCCACGCCAUCCCGCCCCCCGAGCUCCUCGGUCCCGACGACGAUCCCACCCUGAACGCCACAAUGAUCCAAAUCCUCACCCCUCCCAAACCUCUCACUGUCCUUCCCUCCAGUGACACCAACGACACCAACUCCACCGCCACCGCGACCCCCCUCAUCGCCGACACCGGCCCCUGGGCCGCCGGCUGCAUCCAAGUCGACAACCUCGGCACCGGCAAGCCCGCCUCCUCCAAGCACAUCAGAGAGGGAAUCGCGUACCUGCGUGGCCUUCCCGGAAACCCGGUGAGCCACCAGUACGGGUGUGGGCAGGUCAGCUGCAGCUAUAACAGCGCGAUCUUUUGGUGUGACGAGGAGACGGAUCGGGGAUUGACGUUGAAUAGCUAUGCGGAUAUUGCGAACGGCGCGCAGGCGGUGAUGGAUCGCUGUGGCACGGGGAGUGAAGUGAUGGGGAAGGCGGCGACGGGGUGGGCAGAGGGGGUGCAGCCGGGUCAGCAGUAUAGUGUUGUUGUUACGGGGGGUACUUGCUGA